GAUGGGUGCAUAGUCUGCCCAACAACUGAUAGCACAUUUGAUCUGCUAACAGGAGAUAUCAAAGAAUGGUAUCCAAAAAAUCCUGUUCUGAGAGUUCUCACACCCGCUUUGAGGAAACUCUUUACCUAUCCUGUGAAAACUGAUGAACAAAAUAUCUACAUCAGCCUGAGAGGUGGGAAAACCGAUGCUUCUGCAGAAAUUGUCUUUAGCGGGAAGGCUCAACCUGGUGUAACUGCAACAGAUGUCAAUGUUGAAGAGGUUAAAAUGGUUGUUGAUGAGGAUCAAGAGGGAUUUGGUUUCACUGUAAAGAAUGAAAUAAUAAAUGGGAGAGCAGCUGUUAUUGGUUUCCUCCUGUUGUUGGAUUUUGAACUUUUAACAGGUAAGGGUCUUUUAAAGGGAACAGGUUUCUUGGACUUCUUAUACUCUGUCUCUAAUGCUUUCAAUUAGACAUCAUCUGUGUUAUAUCAGCUACGAAAAUAUUCAUCUGACCCUCAGCAGGAUAAUAUGUCCUGUUAGUGUUCACAUUUCCAUUUUGUAAGUUCUGUAUCUAAUAUCGAGUUUAGAUCUUGGUAAAUGUACAACCUUUUGUUUUGUGUUUUGAUGUUACUCUCUGUAUACCAUACACAUUUUUAAAGGUCAUAAAUGACAGUGGCAUUUCAAAA